CCCUUCCCUGCACUCCACCCUCCCCAGGUAUAGGACAGAGACCCUACACUACACUUAUUUCCCAUCAUUUCCAGGGACUCAGCCAGCACACCUCCCUUAUAUCCCACCAUAGAAAUCCCUCCAGCCGGGGUCCAGGCAUGACCCUGCAAAGCAGCCCCAGUCACAGCGCUGUCUAUUCCCAGUUAAAACCAGUAAACAUGUCUGGGGACGGUGGAGAAGAUGGGGCUGUUUUUGAGGAUAUCAAACCUACGAUAAGGAUGCUGACAACUCAGCCGGAGACCAGCGAGGUAAGGUUGGAAAUGGACAAAUAUCUCCUCGGUCAGAUCCCUCCACACCAUUUACUGUCAGAGAAGAAGUACAGAAGGGAGAGUGCUUCGGUGGUAGAUGAAUAUUUCGAGGAGGAAAAGGUUACACAAACUCCAUUCAGUGUGAAUAUAAACCUAAUACUACCGGAUACUUCUCACCUCCGUACCGGCCUGUACAAGCCUCCAAAGACUUUCACCGUUCUCCCACAGAUCAAAAUGGAACCAGGGACCGAGUUCACCCAAUCUUGCCCCGUUUCCUUGACGCAGACCCUGCCAGAUUUCACCAGUGUCUUUAGCAUGCCUCACGCAGUCCCGGUCAACAAUAUAUUUAUUAAGCAGGAGGCCCAACCAGAAGUGCCACUCACGACCAGCGACACGCCCCAAACCCAUCUGUACCAUAUGUCUGUGGCAAAUGAUGCACUCAACUUGGUCCAAGCCAACGGAGGUACGCCAGCGGCAAACGCAAUUAGCUGCACUACCGCGACCACCACCAGUAGGAACCUUCCUACUUUGACCAAUUCUACACGGCAACAACUUGGAAAGCAGUUUCAGUGCUUGGGUCAGGAUGGUGGCCUGGUUCCUGGGCAUUUUUUUCAGGCUCCCUCUGUCACUUUACCACCUUCGCCUCCCAAUUCCCAGCCUGGGAGCCCAGAAAAUACACCGGACUUGGUCAAUAAUAUAUCUCCCCCUCCGCCGUAUGAAGCGACAUUUGGACUGAAACUAGUGCAAGUACCACAACUCCAAACUGUGUCCCUUCCUCUGGGCUCUGUGCUAACACAAGGACAAGUUAUUAUGACAGUUCCAAGAUACAACCGGAGAAGUAAUCCAGAACUGGAAAAGAGGAGAAUACAUCACUGUGAUUACCCAGGUUGCACAAAAGUCUACACCAAGAGUUCACACCUCAAGGCACAUCAGAGAACACACACAGGUGAGAAGCCCUAUAAAUGUGCCUGGGAGGGAUGUGACUGGCGGUUUGCCCGUUCCGACGAGCUCACGAGACACUACCGUAAACACACAGGCGCCAAACCCUUCAAGUGCGCGGCUUGCGGCCGCUGCUUUUCCCGCUCGGACCACCUCGCCUUACAUAUGAAAAGGCAUCAGAACUGAAAAAAAA